ACAAAGCCACUCCAUAACCAAAAAAAAAAAAUAAAAAACUCAAAACCAAAUGAUUCAAUUUCCCGAUUUGAUUCCGGGUCUACCCGAAGAACUUGCUCUCGAGUGCUUGACUCGACUGCACUACUCAGCUCACCGAGUAGCCGCCCGAGUUUGCAAACGCUGGCAACACCUCAUUCAAAGCGGAGCUUUUUACGAUCAGAGAAAAAAAACCGGCCAUACCCAUAAAGCCGUUUGCCUGGUUCAGUCGCUUCCGGGUGAACCCGGUUUGGAUGAGGUGAAACCGGCUUGUUCUGUGAGUUAUGGAGUGACGGUUUUUGACCCUGUGAGUCAGGCUUGGGACCGAGUUGACCCGGCUCCUGAAUACCCAGAUGGGCUUCCGUUGUUCUGUCAAGUCGCAAGCUCUCAAGGGAAGCUUGUGGUGAUGGGAGGAUGGGACCCGGCGAGUUACCAGCCGGUGAGUGACGUGUUGGUGUACGAGUUCACCACUCGGAGGUGGUCUCAGGGCAAGAAGAUGCCAGACACUCGGUCCUUUUUCGCAGCUGGUGAGUUAAACGGGCGAGUCAUAAUCGCCGGAGGCCAUGACGAGAACAAGAACGCGUUGAGUUCCGCUUGGGCUUAUGACUUAACCAACAACGAGUGGAGUGAAUUGACUCAAAUGAGUCAAGAGCGAGACGAGUGCGAGGGGGUCGUAAUCGGGUCCAUGUUCUGCGUAGUUAGCGGGUACAAGACCGAGAGUCAAGGCGUGUUUGAGAGAAGUGCUGAGUCGUAUCAACUCGGGACGGGUGAGUGGAAACGAGUUGAGGGCGUAUGGGAACCGAGUCAGAGUGGGUGUCCUAAGUCGUGUGUUGGGGUGGGAAAAGAAGGGAAGUUGUUUUCUUGGGCCGAGUGUGAGCCUGCGAUCGGGGUGGGGACGUGUGGGAUCCAGAUGGAUGAAUGGGCCUUGGUUUGUGGGUCGGGUUAUCAAGGUGGGCCGCAAGAGUUCUAUUCAAUUGAAGGGCAAAAUGGUAAAUUUGAGAAGUUAAACGUGCCUGAUGAAUACAAAUUGUUUGUGCAGUCUGGUUGCUCUGUGGAGAUCUGAACCGUAUAAGAUUUUGGAAGACGAUCAAAAUUUCAGUUUUGUAAAGUACCAAGAUAAAUACUAUUUACUACUAAA